AUGGCCGCUGAACAACGCCGUGUCGGUCCACCCUGUGAUGAGGAUGUUUCCGGACUCCAUCUUCAGGAGCUACCACUGACAACUGGCAACGGCACUAUUCUAUGCGACGUAUCCACCCCAUCUCAUCGUCCAUUUGUGCCACCAUCUCUCCGCCGCAAAGUUUUCUCCUCCCUGCACAGUAUGUCUCACCCUGGGAGUCGAGCAACCGACAAGCUGGUUUCCGACCGCUUCGUCUGGCCUGGAAUGCACAAGGACCUGAAAGCAUGGACACGGGCGUGUCUCGGCUGUCAACGGAAUAAAGUCCGACGGCACAACAAAACUCCCAUUGGCACCUUGCCUACUCCGGACGCACGGUUCAGUCAUAUCCACCUGGACAUCGUAGGCCCCCUGCCUCUGUCCAAUGGCUGCUCCUAUCUCCUUACCUGCGUGGAUCGAUUCACCCGGUGGCCGGAAGCUAUUCCACUGCCUGAUGUCGCAGCUCCAACGGUCGUCAAGGCUUUCCUCAGUCGUUGGGUUGCCAUUUUCGGUGCUCCCUCCAUUAUCACGACUGAUCGUGGUGCCCAAUUUGAAUCUCACCUCUUCCAGUCUUUAAUCUCCUUUUUAGGCUGUACUCGCAUCCGCACUACAGCCUAUCAUCCGGCAGCCAACGGGAUGGUCGAGCGGUUUCACCGUCAGCUGAAGGCCUCCCUACGCGCCGCAGACGAUCCGGAGAACUGGACAGACCAUCUCCCCCUAGUCCUCUUGGGCAUUCGCUCCUCCCUCAAGUCGGACCUUGAUUGUUCUGCCGCUGAACUCGUGUUCGGUGCCACCGUCCGACUUCCCGGUCAGAUGAUCUCGCCAACCCCGCGAGUUGCAGUUAAGGAUCCCACCAACCUCCUGCAUCGCCUCCGGCAAUUCCUGCGGACACUUUCUCCGGUUCCUCCCAGGUCCUCCGCCUCUCCGUCUUAUCUCGAAAAGGACUUGGCAACGUGCUCUCACGUCUAUCUCCGAUGUGAUCGAGUCCGCCGGCCCCUGGAACCACCCUACGGUGGCCCCUUCCGAGUUAUCUCUCGUGGGACGAAGAACUUCCGCAUCCAACGCGGCACUCGCGAGGAGGUCGUGAGCGUGGACCGUCUCAAAGCUGCCAUCUCGGACACUCCUACGGAUGAGCCCUAUGGUCCCCUACCCCCUGCUCCGCCUCUCCGACCCUCUAUUCCACCGUCCCGUAUACUUCCUCUGCCCUCAUGUCCACAACUCCCAACUGCAACUACCCCUUCAUCAACAAACAACACUGUAACCGCGAGCCAUACUCACUCUAAUCCUGUGCCCCCUGUAUAUAUCACCCGUAGUGGACGCCAUGUUCACUUUCCUGACCGUUUCGUUACUCAUGUUUUUUAGACAUAAACAGUUCCUUCGGUAUCGCUACGCGCCACCUUCGGUCUAGCCGGGGGUACUGUAGCAGUUCGCGUCUCCUCGCUCUCCGCCUUUGUCACGCUACCCUCCUGUCCGCCUCACACUCCUUGUCGAUGCGCUGAUGGGAUGCGCGAGUGCUCGAAGCCAAUCAACGCUGCCCCCACUCUGAUUGGCUGGCGAGUGGAGACAACGAAGGGCACACACACGCGCUAACACAACACUUCGAAGGCGGACACAGACAACAGCUCGCUUGGAGCACGCUUGCGGCGACUGCCCACACAGCCUUUGUGUACACGCUUUCCAAGCAGUAAAGUUUGUCCAACUCAAACCGUCUUCCCUGACUUUUGAUUGGGAAUCUUUAUCUUGUCGACUACAAUACUUCCGACAAACCCUCCAAAACUUAAAAAACUACCACUAACUUUAUUUUAAACUCCUUUCCGACGGGAGUUGCUUUCACUGCUGGCCGGAUUUGUGUUUGACGCUUCUCUGACAAUGCCUGUAAGCUGGCAUUAAGUGCAGUGAUUAUUAUUAUUACUGUUAUAAAUAUGCAGUCGGAAUGGACAAGUUUAUUUCAAGAAUUUACUUCUAUUCUAAGGAGAGUGACGUCAAGAGAUCCGAAGGCGCGUGCUAUGCCAAUAUCAGCCAACCAUUGUCUUCGCAGUCUCUUAUGCGCUGACAGUCCCCUGACCCCUGGUUCCCUGCCGGUGGAUGCGUUUGAAUUCCCGCUGUGUAUACAGGUGGUGGACAUGACUGCCCAGUUAUCAUGCUAACCCUUCUGACCCCUGUUGGGGUGUUGUUGUUGGUCACAAACCUGGUCAUUUGCAAUAUGGACCAGGGGGUGUGGAGUGGAACGCUAGUUGCAGGCUCGACCGUGCCAUCCACUUGUCUCUCUCCCAUCUGCGGCCUUUUUAACUCCGUUUUGACAUCUGAUCCAGAUGGGUAGUGGAGAAGAGAGAGUUCGGUAGAUGCUGCGCAACUCUACAUCCACUUUGGACGCAGUCACGCGCAACUAACCCUCCCGGCCUUAUCUUGUUUUGGAGGACACGAUUAACAUCGUCGGAAUCGACGACCGAACUGUCAUUCUAUGCCACAUUCGCUGUAAUGGCGAUUGCGGGAUCUUUAGUAUUUUGCAAGAAGGCAGUGGAAGUUGGACCGUACCUUCGAUAAACAAAGCUGUGACGUCAGUCGUUAGCAUACGAUAUAAUACAUCGUUGCUGCCGAGAAGACCCAUUCAUUUAUGGCAAAGACAAUCUUGUGUAAAUAAAGAAAUUGCUGUAUUCGCAUCGACGAUGACUUUAAUGGGGAUGGCGUGGAUCUGUAUCAUAGGCGACUGACAGUGCCUAAGGGGCGCUAUAAUAAACCUAUUCUAUUGAAUAAAACUGGGGCUAUUAUGUAAAUUAUCAGUGCAAACUGAAAUAAUAUGUCUAGCCGCUCUAAUUUUAGCCUUAAGAGAGGAGGAAGUCCGCUCUUUUCGGCGUUGACCGAACGCCUUGUCCUUUGGCCACUGGUCCGAGGGGCGGUAUGUGGUUUCUCGGCCGCGAUGAUUAAACUGUUGCGUCGCUCGUGGGUGUCCAGCCUGCCGACGAGGUUCUCUCUGCUGCCGAUAACCAGGCGUGUGCGUCCACGAUUUUAUGGAAGGUCGGUUAUCUGGCACACUAGGGUCUAUAUAAAGUAUGCGGGGAGCUCGUUAAUUGACAUCGUCCAAAUCGCCAGACAACUAGAUCCGCAAUUAAUGAGAAACUUCUUGGGAACCAAGCCCCCCUUAAAGUGAUACAGUGCCACCCUAGCUAGAUGCUCAGCCGCCGAUGAAGGGUAUGCGUCGUAAGUUUUGCUAGGAUAACUCGAAAAAUUUUCAAUACGUUUCGGCGUUUUCUUGGCGGCAGUUUAGUAGUUGGUCUAUUGCCCCCUUCUCGGACGGCAGACAAGUCUGGAAUAGACGCUGCAAUUGUUCGUAGAACACGGCAAGGGACUUGUUGCAGGAUGUGCCAGCACUCAAAGCCUUAUCCAUCUGGACAUCGGCCAAAUACUUAGGCUUUGUUCGACGGCGUUCCUUCAGCGUAAUUUCUUCAAUGUGAAAGCGCGUGCGACGUAAACAGCGCCCAAACGUUUUACGCAUAAUCAUAGUCCUAGCAAAAAAUAAUGAAAAAAGCCAGCAUGUAUCACGCUGAAAAGGCUAAUUAAUGCUAAAUUACAAAAAAUCUUAGGGGAAUUGCGGGGAAAAGCAUGUUAACUCAAUUUCAAGUGUUCGCCAACGCUAUAUAUGGUGUCCUUGUUUUAUUCUCAUUUCCAUGGCUUUUCCAUGCUCUUGCGGUUUUAUUCCGUCUUUCUAAUCUCAAUUUUUUAUGAGUUUCGCAAUAAUUUGUUAUUCUUGGGUGUUAUUACAUAUAUCGUCUGGUUUACAGCGAAAUCCCAGACUUCCGUUCUUGGAGUUCUGUUGAGUACUUAAGUGUUUAGCUAAGGCUAUGGCCUUAGCUAGACACCGGCAUUCUCAUCGAACAUUAAGAAUUACUUAUAAGUACAUUUUAGUCUUUGAUGAGAAUGCCGGUAAAAUAUUCAUGAUUCCUUGAGUUGUGUGAAUUUCUGUACUUUUAGUUUUGGCUGCUCGACUGACUUGCGGACUAUACUUGAAUAUUGACCUACAAGUUUGGAGCGAUCUUCAAGUCCGGAUGAUUACUCGGAGGGCGUGUUUACCAGUUUUCCGGAGGAUUUGGUGUUUUGAAAGACAGAGUGAGAUAAUUACUUCUCUCAACUGCUAAGUCUUUAAAAGGGGGAUUUUGUCCAACGCUUACCAAUGUGAAGAACUAUGGGCUUCACGUCUGAACACACCGGCUUUCAACACACAUUCUGCCUGUAUAUCCUAUCUUUUUGUUCAUGCUUGCAGCUGACCUUGGCACGCAGAUACUACACAGACUAUCAAAUAACAUACCAGUUACUCCAUUUGAUUACGACGUCGUAAGUUUACUCGGAUAUACUCAUCUCCCAGUUCGUGAACAAAGUUCAACUGGCUGAUAGCACUUUUCUGGAUUUCCUGGAAAAAAUAAUUUUCAAGUAAGCCAUUUAACGAAAAAUUAACCCUAAAGGUUCGGAAAAACGCAAAGUGCACUCCGUGUCUUGCCGUCAACAUCACACGCUGUGGUCCGUGUGUACAUGCAUCAUAGAGAGGAAACCCGCCUGCUUAACAUUUUGCGUCGUCGUGUUAGUUUGCGCGAUUUUUAACUAGACAGAAGUCCGAUACGUGCGUAUUUCUAGAUGAAGUGUCUGCAAAUUUAUUGCUUGACCGAUUCUUGGAAACGAGGGAUCUGAAGUCGGCUCUGAGCAUAAUCUGGGAACUCUGCCUUCAGUCAUAUCUGGAGGAAAAUCCUCUUCGACCAUACCUUCUCUGUCAUUGGGCUGAAACCAUAUCGUUAGCCCUACAAUCGGAUGACAUCUUAGAGAAGCAACAAGAAGACCCUAUACAAGAGCUGGACGAAAACGAGGAGGUAGUCCCAUUUGAUUCAACCUUAGAUUGCAUUUCAAUGAUCGUUGGUCCCCUGCCGACUUCGCUCUAUGCAAACACAGAUCAUCUUAUCAUAUGACGUCUUUAGUUUAAGUGUAAAUGAAUACGCCCAUAAUGCAAAAGCCUAAUGGGAAGGGCAGUGAAUUGAUUAAAGACCGGGAACUAGCUUCCGCACAACUCGCCACUGCACCUUCAGAUUUACGACUUACGUGGAACAACUUCACUGCUCCCACAACAUUCUGUGGGGUCUCGGUAAUAAGGCCCUGUUGCGAGAACAAGCCACAUCAAAUGGACAUACUUCGACUCUGCACAUCAAGGACUAAAAUUAGCAACACAAGCUUUAAUUUGCAUGAAUGCUAAGCUGAGAACCUUGGCGUCAACGAGUUGUCGGUGACUUCUAGCAACAAUUUUGUUUGCAGGUGUGAGUGGAUACUUCGCAAAGAUCUGCACUGUUCCACAAGACGGUCGACCAUCUUUUAUUUUCGGAGGCAGUUCAACGGUGGUCGACCCUCCUAAUUUCAGCUGGGGUCGUAAGUGGUUGUCAAAACAGCCGCGGGUGCCCCACAUGACUCUGUAGAGCGAGGCGUUCCUUUUCCAUUCGUGGUGAAUUUUCCGUUGCCAGUCUGGAUGGUUGCCCAUUCGCGAUCCCAUUCGCUCUAUUUGGAGCUAACUGCUCUCAGAAGCCAGACUGUUGCAGACGAGCCUCCUCCCUGUCUUGGGCUUCCUCCUGUAAUGGACUCUGAAGAUGUGGCUCCUUCCAAAUUGACCCCAGUCGUAGAGUCGUUCUGUAGUUCUGAAUCAGGUAUCUCGAUGGCAUGGUUCGUUACUCACACGAAAUAGUUCAAGCAAGGCCCGUGUAUCUGGUAAAAGGAAGAGUGUUAGAGUGGUUACUUUGUAUUGUGUGAGGGGUGGACAAAGAGAUGAGGAAUACGUCUCGACUACAAAAUAGGGAGUAACGAAAUAAUCAAACGGGGGUAGUGGAUACUGCACUCUUGAGGAUCUGGUGGCAAGACGUUUACAGAAUUCACUUUCUCAGUUGCAGUCGGCUCGAAGUCCCUGCCUGUAAGGCAAAGAGAGGUACGCUCAAAACUUUUCGGGCUCUACCCCCUUUUUUAGACAAGACAGUCUUGCUUGUCUUUACAAACAAACCAGUUGUCGCAGCGGCUGCCUUUAGCUCAGUCUAGCCACUCAUAGGGCGAUUUGUUAGAAAUUGUCUAAAUUUAACUUCAUGCUGUAAAUUUUCUGCAUGCCUGAAUAAGGACUGGGGAACCAGUUUGGACCGUACGAAAAGAAGUCUUCUUCCCCACUUUGCCUCGCAUUUCGGAUGUCCAUAUAUCGGUCGCAUGCUUGUUAAAGCGGUUGAGGCCAUUUUUUGAAAAGAAUUAUGAAACACUCCAUGUUUUAUAGCUCGAGCGAAAGUUCUUAUAAUCAGUAUGAACGACAAAGAGUAGGAUGUUCCUCCAUUGUUUUUAUAAAUCCAAGAAUUAACCAUUGAAAGAUACGGAUUAGCACGUGUCUUUUGUAGAAAGCAUCGGACUUUUAUGAACUUUUUGUCCCUUAUUCUAAAACCUUUUGACGGGCUGGUCUCCUUCUCUGAACGUGGUUCAGCUAUUUUCAACUUAGGUGAGUCCCCUAGUACAAAACGUUCCACAGUCUUAGUCUCGACGAACCCAGCUUACCUUCCGCAUUUGUGAUGCGUUCACUUUGAGUUGGUUUACUUUUUUGAAAUAACAUUUCUAAGAUAGUAGAAACGACCGAUCUGUUUUUAUUUUUAACCCGCUGGCCAUAGACCGGACUUCUAGUCAGAAUCAGGCAUUUUGACUUCGAACGGCUUUCACGGAAAUAAUUUUACUUUAGUCUUGCCUUUUUACUACCAUAAAUUAUUUUUUAAGGCAAUUUGACAUAGGAGUUUAGAGUCUCAAAAAUUCUCACAAAGGGAUCUAGAGGACUUAGCUUGGUUCCUAGCGUAUCUUUUCUGGAUUUCGGUGAUAACGCCUGUAUAACUUCGUUACGGCGCCUUCAAUAGUGUUUUAGGUACUCAUUUCUCUUGAUAAGUCCCCGAUAAAAGUGACCAGUACUUCCGACCGCAGAAGCUUGGCGCGGAGAGGUAGGUACUCCCAGGGUGUCUUUAACAUAGCAAGACAUUUCGACUGUUUUGAAGUAGCGAACAUUUACAUAAAAUGAUUUUGACUUAAGCCACAGUAGCGUUCCGCUGAAUAUACUGAAGUAUUCCCUAGAUCAUAUGAAGAUGGCAUCCACAGGUCUUACUUAAUUACGGGACGAAAAUGCAUGUUCAUUUUUGCUGUGGCAGAUUGACCUAAAGCCCCGUAUGCUGUUAAGUGGCGUCACCAAAUCGACGUUCAGUCAAUAACUACGAAAUAUCGUUGACAAACGUUAGUGAAAUCCCUCAUUUAUCUGCCGUCGCCAGACAGCGGUAAAGGAACACAGUGGGUGCAGAUCCCAGGUUCGAACCCCGACCCAGUUGAUCAUCAAGUUAAUGGCCUACUAUUGAACCGCAGGCUCUCAGCCUGUCGUUUGCUUUGCCGACUUUCUUGUCUGUUGGGGAUAGCCUCCAUUUGCCUAUUUUCGUUGCUGAUUAGCAGCGGCCAAUAGGGCUUUCACUUGUUUCUGUCGGUAUUUCCUCACUUGGAUUGUGUUCGUUAGGGAAAGUGCGUGAUGUUGCCGUAAUGAGGGGCAGUUCUAAUUUUCACCAGUAAAACAGCUACAUUCUUCUUCAUGUGAUUUCGCAGCUCGGCUGAACAAUUUGGCCAUUUGAGGAUCCAUAGGCAAAAGCUUUGCAAGUUCUACUACAGAGUGCUAAGUAUUGGAAUGUGUGAAUGGUUCUCCAGUUGCACACUAAGUCUUUGGAUCCGCGACCAUUCACUGUUUAUAGUCUUUGUUUCUGGCUCCGACCGAGCUGACAUUCAGGCACCUGAAGUCAACCGAAGCCACUAUUUAUCGUUGUAUUAUAGUAUUCCCCUUCGUAGACAAGGAGGAGUACUUGUCAUUCACAGGAAGUAAAAUGACACUGCCCUCGAAUCGCACCCGUUUUCCGAAUAGCUUGCUUCCACCUGACCCAACGAUCAACUGUUAAGUGUCUGUCGUCGCUGUGCGUGCCCUCCAUCCUUGCCGUCAGUGACUCAGCAAAAUAUGCUCCCAGCCGUGGUCUGCAGCUCUAAUGACCGGUGCGAAGUUUGCAAACUACUGAUUGGUUUAUUAUAUCGUAAUUGCUAUCUCCUUAAAAUAAAUAAGAAAAAAUAUGUGCCAGGGUAAUAAUAAGCCACUUCUGAUUUUUAUUACAAUAAAUGUCACUUACGCAUCACCAGCAUGCACUUAGUUCUUAAUGUAGACCAAAAUGAUUACGAGUGGGGUGAUCGUGGGCGCAGCAAACAAGCAAUUAUCAAUCCCGUCUAGGUGUGUCACAUCCAUGCCGGUCCUUCCUUUAUUCGGAUCCCAGGUCGGUGAACUGCCGUAAUACCGCAUAAAGGAGGGACCAUUUCAGCCUGACCAUCCACCCAGAGGAACGAGUUAUCCAACGCUCUUAUAAUCUCGAGGAUCAUGAUUAUUGUGUCUUGACAGUCUUUAGACGAGUUGAAAAUCGUAAAGAGACUACCUGGUGUUAAGCUACUGUUACAUUUAAUCAGAAGAAAUUGCCCAGGAGUUAUGUCGACAACGAACAUAUUAAACAAUUAUUUGCAGGCGUCAUUUGUUGACUGUCGAGUUAUCGUACCAGUCACGCACCCCCUCGUAUUUGAUUUUUACGCUAGGUGGACUUUCGGCGAGUACCGUACCUUCGCAAUCCGAACUACGAUGCAUGGUUUGAUGUCACUCGCCCACGUCUCCAGCUAGGAUACUGUUGCCUUUCUCUGGCCGAGGCUCUUGAGCGCCACCGCACUCUCCCAUCCAAAACUGAAGCUGUCUCGAAUACUGUGGCUGCGUUAUCUCACCUGGCCCCGACUUUCAGACUGCUUGGGUUUGCUCUGAGCGAGCGUGCGAAUGACUUACUGUCUUGUGUUCUGAAAGCAGUGGAAUCUCCCGGCGACUUCCCUGUGCUCGACGGACAGUGCGUAGGUGUUCAGAAAACAUUUGAUUGUUUACGAUUGGGCUUAUAAAUACUAUUUAUUGACAGUUCUCCUUCGUCAUCUUUAGCUCAACUGCAUAAAAAAGCUGAUCGAGUCCUGCGCUACACGCCCUGAGGAUGCGAAACUGAGGCCUGGCGAACCACCUCUUUUAAAACCGUCCGAAGUCUCCGCAACCUUGGAGAAAUUCGAGGUAUUUCCUGAAAGUCCUCCUUGACUGGACCCCGUGCGCAUCCUUCGGUUAAUUAGGUGCUCAGGGUAGACUUGCUCUAGAAUAUUUCGAAAGUUCACAGAAUAGUUCUUACCAUACCUGAAUAUUGUGGCCAAGGAAAGUUAGUAUAAAAGACAGUUUUCUCUGACACACAGUGAGUUUUCACUUAAUUUCAAAUGUGCGCCUCUCUAUUACUUCUACAAAUGGUUCCCAUUGGGAGUUCAUUGAGCUAAUCUGGGCAAACAUGCGAUUAUGAUUAUCUAUCACCAGAUCUUUGGAAUGAUAGAGAUUAUGUACUCUUACCCUUAGAUGGAUAUACCUAACAAAGCUUUAAACACAGCAACCCAAGGUAAACAAAGACGCAUCCCUUCGAAUUGUAAAUUGGCGCAACUUUCCAUCUUUCUGUGAAAUUUACUGUCAUCGCCUUGAGGGUGCCAUCCGUUAGCAGUUUAUUGAAUAAAAGGCAAUUAGUUGAGUUUCUGCACUGAAACAGGUAAGUAUACCCGUAUGAAUGGGGAAAAAAUGGUGACUGUCUGAAAACGCAGUACAGUAGGACAGUACAGCAUAGUUGAGCGAGAUUUUCAGACGGAUGACCGACAGGAUUUGGACACGGCCGAUUUUUUCACUCAUCGCCGUCAUGCCAUAUACGAAUAAUUAAGGCCUUAUGGUGAAUAAAUGAUUGUUUGCCAUUGCGUAGACUUGCUGAUCAAGUUUAUUUCAUUACUGACGCCUAUCCAUCAUAUUUCGCCUUUUGGCACUUGUAGUGGCACAUUGUCUGUCAGCGGCGUGUGUUCUCGGUCGAAAACGGGGUCGUGCUACCAAGCACGUAGAAGCCUUUGACAGAAUUCUGCCGGUUUCAUCGGCUACUCUACGCCUCGUACUCUUGCUUAGAACGUCAACACCUCGUCGGAGCGGAUGAAUACAGUGACUAAUCAGAGAGGCCAGACUAAUUGGGACUUAGUAUCCGCCCCCAUCAACGGCACAUGCUACAGAAAUCCUUUGCAAUAACGUAAAUUCUAUCCAUCUGUUUGUUUUUCAUGACCUACAGUCAGUGACCGAUCUCAUGAAAUGUUAGCCGAAAUUCUGAAAUGCGUUUUCGAUUGGGAAGAAUUACGUAGACGAGGUUGUAACGCUGAUAAUUAUGCGGCACUAUCACAUGACAUAUCAGAGUCGCCAUGAUGUUGGCUUUUGAGUACAACUCUUUUCGACUUCCUGUAGAAAUCGCACUCGGUAAAAAAAUGUCCACUUUAGUGGUAUGAAUUUUUGCGUUGAUUUUUAUGGCCUUAUAAAUUCAAAUAUAUUUUAUAGAAAACGUGCGCAAAAAUAUUCUUCUACUCAUCUGGUAGCAAAUUACGUCGUCUUCGCAUCUUUAUACUCGGAGAAAGGACAUAUUUAGGCUUUUAAAAAGUUCCCAAUUGUUGGAUUUUCUUUGACCGUGCAAUGUCCACUCAUACAUCAUACCUGUUCUUUUAUUAAUACGCCUUAUGAUGUCUUGAACAUGGUCUGCUUCCAUUGCAUAGUCUCAUGAGAUCUAAAUGCUAUCUUCUUAAGGACACGAGGGAAUGUAUGGUGAAGAACUUAUGAUUUUCCUUAUGCGGAAAGUGUACACCUCGUAGACUGAAAUCAUAAAAUGCUAAUGCUGCUGAUCUGGCUGAUCUAGCUGAAAUUAUUUCGGGAAUCGGAAGCCUUUUUCCAAACUUAAAUAUAUUCUUCCUUUGAGUAUAGUGUGCGAAGACGACGUGACUUGAUACCCAUCGAGUAGAAGAAAGAAUGUUUUUGCCCGCGUUUUCCAUAAAAUCUAUUUGAAUUUAUGACAGCAUCAAAAACUGAUGUGAAAAAUCCAUACUGCCUAAGUAGUUAUUUUUCCCGAGUGCGGUCUUUACAGGAGGUCUGAAAAAAGUGCAUCCAGAAGUCAAUAUACUGGCGAGUCCGAUAUAUCAUGGGAUUAUGUCAAAUAAUAGUGGACGUUACAGCUCGCCUUAGUAAUCCUCCCUAAUCGAAGAUGCAUUCCAGAAUUUUUGCCAACAUUUCAUCAGAUCCGUCACUGACUGUAUGUAGCUGCUUCUCGAAAAGGUCAGGCAAAUAUAGCAAUGGUAAUGAGAGUUUGCGUGCCACCUUUCCAAAAACACGGCAACCCCCUCUUUCAUCUAUAUUGUUCUCGGGUUAACUUUCAGUAGGUCUUCAUGUCAUCCUAAUUAGCAUCCUUUAUAAGACCGUAAAUUACAACUGAUCGCAAUGUCUUGGAGUAGCAAGUGCAGGUCAAAUUCGAACAUUCACCCGUCCUAUGAAUGUUCUGCCUCGAAACAAAGAAGUCGAGCCUCUUGUUUUUCGUAUCAUGGCUUCACGUCUAAACUCUGGAUGCCUUUCAGGAGCUCUCAGAGAGACUCAAGCCUACCGAAAAGACCCUGGAGACAGAAGUCGCCAAUUUUGUGUCUAAAACCACUGCUGACUCGACCAUUCUAGCACAGGAGAAGGCGCGAGUGGAAGAACUUUACACCGAAUUCGCUGCCACCCGUGAGCAAGUUUGGCGACGGGAGAACUCAAGGAUCCGACGCAAAAUGGUACUCCACGAAGUAAAGAGCAAACUGCGCGAACUCCUUGACGAAGAAGAGCGCCUGACCUACUUCGACAACCUCAGCACGAUCGAGCAUCGUGCAUGGUUGGCCACACGCACCCGUCGAGAGCGUCAGUGGUCUCGCUUAAAGGAGUGGAAACAGGAGUUACGGGAACAUCAGGCUAGAAAACAGAGUUCCCGCGAGUCACUUUCGGAGGUCUAA